AAUAUUUCCAAAGCGCUACCGGGCCUAAAACGGCUAAAAACACCUGAUAGCUGCUAAAAAAGGCAUCUCUGCAGUCGCUGCGCGCUGCUGCCUAGCCUUCGUGCCGUCCGUGACCACCGCUGGCAUCCCAAAAAGCAUGGCCCAACAAAUCGAGUGCGCCGCCGCCCCGGUCCUCUGGUCCGACGGCUUCGAGACGACUACUUCGAGCAACGCCACGACGCUGGUCCGCGCAAAGAACGUAAGAAGACGCUUCCUCCGCAUCUACGACGACGCGAUACCAAACGAGCUCUGCGCGGCGCUGGCCGACGACGCGGUAAAACGAGGGCGGCCCUGGGGCUGCUACGUGCCGCUGGCGGAUCUUGAUAAAGAAGAUGCCGAGGAAGAGGGCCCGGUCGACGACGCGACGCGACAACAAUGGGCGCGCCGCGUCGUCCGAUCAGUACUAGAGCGAAGUAAGGAAGACAUCUCGCUGGACGCGGCGCACGGCGUCGCCGUCUGGUGCCUGGCGUCGCCGGAACGGGGCGCCGUCGACUACCACGUCGACUACUGCGAGCUGCACCGCCGCGAGACGAACGAGAUCGUUAUACCAUUGUACGCGUCGACGGUGCACGUUGCGGACUUGGAAGACGGCUCUCAUAUCAAUGAUGAAAGGCGCAUCGAGGGCGGCGCCUUCCUCGUGAACUCGCGGGGCUUGAAUCACUACGCCGAGUGCGGCUACAAGGGCCGGCUUUGUGCGAAUGCUUUCGAGGGCAAGAACUGGCACCGUGUUCCUUAUCGGCGGGGCCGCUGUACAAUCCACGACGGCGAGUGGCCCCACGCCGCCGAGGAGACGACGCGGCUGCCGGCCGGCAAGCGGCGCGUCAUUCUGGGUUUGAAUGUGUUUGGGGCCAACGUCGCCGAGGUGAAUUUAAGGGCGCCCGAACACUCCGACGCCUUCAACAAGACUGUGAAGCUGUAUCAGGCCGCGGGCAAUACGGGCGGGGGGCUGACCGUCGAGAAGCUGGCGAAAAAUAAACCCCUCGCGCGGCUCUUCGUCGGCCUCGCGCGCGCGCGGCAAGAUUCUGAAAGUACGGACGUGUUCGAAACAGGCGAGCGCGUCCGGGCGCGCUGGCGCACGGGCGUGCGGUUCCACCCGGCGACGGUGUCCAAGGUGCGCGAGGACGGGUGUUUGGAUUUGGUGUAUGACGACGGCUUCAAGUGGGACGGCGCGCCCGCGGGCGUGGCGCGGAAGAUGGGUGGGUAAUGAAUUUUUGAGAU